CUAAAUUAUUUAGACUAAAAAGUUGUUCUCCGAAAAUGAAGUUGGUCUUUCUAAACGAUACGUUCACUCGUACAAUUGAUGCGAACAAUCCUUUUUGUGUCUUUCUCUUUUGUCUUCUUUUUAAGGUUUCCCCGGUUUUAUCUUCAUUUAAAAAUAAAACCAAUGCAAACUGAGUGGUCUUACUCGGUCUGAUCCCUAUCGAUAUAAAAGUGAAAUUUAUUGUUUCUAGUCUGUCAUUAUACCGCAUUCUUGUUCAGCACGCGUGCAAUGACCGCGCUUGGCUGACUUCCGAAUGCUCACCGAGAUAUAAUAAUUUUGGUACAGUGAGACAGGCCAUCGCGUGAUACAUAGAGGUUUAAGUCACAAUUUUUAAUCAAUUCUCGUGCUUCUUGUGCCUUUGCAAAAAAAUCAAGAAGUGCUACACACUAAAUCUACUUACUAUUAAAAAAAUAUCAUUUUUUCAUAGGUUUAAUGCAAGCCAAUAAUUAAACCAACUCGUGACGGGAAUAUCUCGGUGAGCAUUCGGAAGUCAGCCAAGCGUGGUCAUUGCACGCGUGCUGAACAAGAAUGCUGUAUAAUGACAGACUAGAAACAAUAGACAACUCCCAAAGCACAAACUCAGCCAAAACGCUAAAAAUCUUCAAUGUUUACUCAAGUUUGGGCUUAUAGAAGAUAAUGUCACAGUUUUUCAAUGACCAUGAAAUUCAGAGUCCGGGUAGUUAGUUAAUCAAUUGUGGCCCUGAAAAAAUUUGAAGGAAAAAAAACUACGAAUUUUUAAGAAAAUGCUUUUUUCGUGAGAAGGACUCUUAAACGCUGACAAACGUCAACAAAUAGCGAAAACUAUAAUUUCUAUAUGUUUGCUUUGCUCGAAAUCGCGCGCAUUUACAAGGCCCUAAAGCGUUUUGCUGACUUGCAAGGACCCAUCUGUUAUAACGAUGCCCAAAAUAAAGAGAUGAAUCUCAUAGUUUAUUAGAUAUAAUCCGUGUAAAGUUUGCUUAUCAUUUUCGCAUAAAUUAUGACCUAAAUUUGGAAACCGCUGAAUUUCUCGAAUUGGGUCUUUGCGAUUUUGGUGAAACUCUGUUCAGCGUAAGGCACUAAUGCGCACUAUGUGUAGCCGAAAGAUUUUCACGAAAAAAUGCCGGCAACUGCAGAUUUUCGACUCAGACCCCAAAGGGGCGUGGCAUUAUAAGCACGUGACAUUUACUCCGAUCGCCAAAAAUUUUAUGUUAUAUUGUAGAUUGAUCUAUAUGUUAUCCAUUCUAUGUGUUAGACUUACGAUAAAAGUGAAGGUGGGGAUACCAGAGAGCUUCAAAGUAGGAUGGUACCCCCCCAAAAAAACUGGGUCGAAUCACCUUAAAUGGGCCAUCAGACCAGCGACCAAGGAAGUCAGAUUAAACCUGUCAGACAGUCAGCUUGAAGAGAAGCUGUAACUGUUUUUGUAAGCAAUAUAUAGCGAUUCGGAUCAAGCCCCCGCUGGACCUGUGGCGAGAAGGUAAAGUUUGUUUACCAGAAAUCUGCAGUUAUUUAUUUCAUGUGAUGUGAAUUUGUCAUUUAUGUAGUACCGUGUUGUGCUGAGUCAGAUCCGUUCAGUAAAAACCGAACUAUUUAAGGGAACAUUUUUAAAUAGAAUCCCUUAUUUAUGGAAUAACAAACCCGAGAAGGAAUGAAGACCCAAGUGUGUCAUGUUUCAAAAGACGUUGCAGAGAGUUCAAUAAUAAUAAAAAAAAGAUUAGGAUUUGAUUCUAAUAGCCCAAUAUGUUACUUGGUCGCAUAGCGGUCAUAUUCAUUAUAGUGUUUUUUUAAUCAUAAUUAACAAUUUAUAUCAUGGUUAUACACUUCUUACGAUUCCUUUUUUCUUUCUUUUCAUACAUGAUUACUUAUUUUUAAAUUGAGUGGUCUGGACAAGCUCGUACGGUUCUUCUGUUACCUACUACUGUAGUCUUUCCCUGUCGCUCUCUUCGCACGGUGUCCGAUUAUAUGUUUGCAGUAAAAAUGGAUUAUAUUAAAUGGAAUUCUUUUACAAAGCUUCCAAUUCUCAGGACAUUUAAAAUAUACUGAAAAACAGAACUGACAGAAGGCAGCUACACACACUCACUAAAAUAAUUAGUUGAGUUCUUGUGAUUUUAAACGACAGAUCCUUGCUAGUAAACAGGAAGAUUUUAUUCAUGACACUUUGUGACAAUGGAGCAAAUCAUUAAACGCAAAUGCAAUGAAAUGUUACACAAUCAUUAUAGCAAUUCACAGUCAUGAUUACCCUGAAAGAAGUAUUGCCACGUCCACUUGAAUCCAAAUUUUUUUUAAACCGCAUACUUUUGUGGACGAAUCGACCUUUUGUCCACACGAAACCGGUGAAUCCGCUCACCGAAACCGCAUCUUUUUGAAACCGUUCUCCAGAGUUCCAUUCUCUCCAAAGUGGUUUAAGGUCCCGUCCACCCGAAUCCAGAUAACAAAUAUGCAGUUUCAAAAAAAGUCCGGAUUUUUGCGGACGACCUGCCUCGAUCAGUAGCCUGAAUUUCAUCCGAUUACUUCGAGUCGUUAUUACUCCCUCAGUAACGUCUGAAUCGACGGGCCGUUCAUGCCAUCCAGUGACGUCUCUACUCCUUGACCUUUGCUUUAAUUAAUGCAAAAAGUAAAACACGAUUUUCAAGUGGCAAACCUUGGGGACCGAGAAAUAUCGUUUGGAAAUGUCUGCAUGACACAGAACUGCUUUAUUUUUUCGAUUGUAAUUCAUGUUUAAUGUUCCAACUAUCAACUGCAUACAGUACAACCCUGAACCGGUUGUACUAAAUUCUAUAAUCAAACUCGGUCGCAAUCACGCAAAUGAAACAAACACAUACAUGGAACAUUUAGUUCAAAAACACAAUGAAUUGCUUUAAUUAGCGAAGAAAAAAAACAAGGAGACAAGAAAGAAAAGCUAACAGAAUCAUUACACUAGACGGUAAAAAUAGCAAGAAGGUCGAAUUAUAACAUUGAUCUCAGAAAACUUCGCGUAACCAAAAUCACCGGCCGCCCAUGUACUUCCCAUGUAAUAAGUUCACUUGUGUAAAGCUAACAACCAUUAAUCUUUCCAAGUUUCCACAUUUUCAUCUUGAUUGCGAGUGUUAAAACUAAUGAAAGCGCAGCACCUAGACACUGAAUACAUUCACCUGCUAUAAAUACAUGGGAAGUUGUAAUUACGCCGUUGAGGCGUAGAGCGAGACGGCCCCCUGCGCAGACGUUCCUUUAGCUCGUCUUGCACGCGAUCGGCUCCCCCAACGGUGAAGGAACGCCUGACGGAACUCUAAGAAGGCCUGCGUAGGAUGCUUAGAGCAAGAUGAUCACACAUGCAGAAGCUCUAAAUGCAAUAUCAAAGUAGAUAAUUAUAUCUUGUUGAGAAGCCUGACACUAUAAAGUCAGUAAUAUCAUGGAACAUAUUAGAAAUUCAUAUUCAUUUAAUCAUGAGUUAUUGGGCAAAAAGGUGUGACUUUUUUUAAAGAUUUAUUUUAAAAAGGUAAGCUAGAGCCAAACAAAUCAAAUUACGUAGUUCUCUAAAAUCCGAAAAUUUUAAUGUAAAAACCGUCCAGGCUCGAUUCCCGCCGCUCUCACAGAUCGGCGCACUUGUUCCCCUGUUCCUCUCUUUCGGGGAAGGAGCGCGGGCUCAUUUCCUGAACAGCGGCUAGUAAUUUUGCCUAAAUUGCAUCCCGGAAUCUUCUGUUUCUUAUUUGGAGUUUGACGUCUUUCAUGUGAUUUACGACGGUGAAAAACAAGAAAAUAAAACGCCGGCCCCGCUGGAUCACUACUAGCUCGUUUCCGCUUAAUUCGAUGUUUCUCGCCCGCCCUAAAUUAUGACAGUAGAGUCAAACUCAAUCAAUUAAUACUUAAGAUUCAACGACAGAAUCGAAAGUUAAUGCUUCGCAAGACCAAAAAUUUCGAUCAGGGGAAAGUAACCUCAUUUGUUCUCGUCCAAAUCCCAGAAUCGUCACCAAUAACAACUGGCGGAUCUCUUUCAAAAAAAGGCAACGUCGAUCUCAGACGGCUUUACUUUUACACGACUUAGACAUUGAUCCCAUUGCAUUUUCUUUUCAGUUUGCUACUUGCUAUAGUGUACAGGAAGUUUUAGUUACCCGACGAAGCGUGGAGAAAGCGACAAAUUCAAUUAAUAUACUGUUUUGAAGUUUGAUGGAGGACUUGUAUAAACAUGUAUAGCCAAGGUCCGGUAGAUGUUCUAAAAAAAACAGAACCACACCCAACACUUUUCACAAAUCUUUAACUUUUAAAAGCAAUAAAAAUCAAUUCCAAAUUGUAAUGUUGAUAAGAACAGAUAUUAUUCUGGAAGCAAAUCAAGCUUUUCGGGUGGCGGCGGGUGGCGCUUUGAUUGCUCAGUUCCGCAUUACACGUCAGAUGUUUACCGGAUGCGAAACAGGUUUUUCCUGUUCAAGGCAACGUCAUCAAACUUCAAGUGAUUUGAGGGAACCAUUAUAUAUCUAGCAGCGACCACGGAAAUCGGACAACUCCUGCCAGACGCUGCAUAAAAGCUACUCAGAAUUUUGCCAGUCAAGGUUAGUACAUCUGUUGUGAGAAGGUAAAUUUUGUUUUUCAGCAAAUAGUUUAGUCAUUUAUUUUAACAGGUUAUGUCAAAUUGUAAUUUUUUAAAGGAGUCAUACGGAUAAUAGUGCUGAGUCAAAUCACCAUUCACUUAGGAACAACUGUCCUGUCCAACUGUACUGUCAAUGCAUGCAGUUCUUUUUUUCCAGAUGAAUCUCUUUGCUCGAGUUAGGUCGUUUGGAUUUCCUUUUAAAAGCUCCAAUCUGAAGAUAAGAUCCUAAAACACGUUAAUUUGGAGAAACCUCGUCAAAUCCUGUGUUCCUUGUAUUCAACAAAGCUUCACAACGGCUACUGAUUUCCAAUUGAGUAUCGACAAUCCUUCAUGACACGAACAUGGUCUAAAAGGAGUUAACAUAUGAUGAAUUAGACUCCGUUUCCUUUUAACAUAAUAUGACUAUCACAACUACCUUUUUGUUGUCUUCUUAUUGGGCUUCAACCGGGAUUUUUGCUUCAGUUUAUUAAAGCGCUGUACCCCGCAGUCAAAGGCGCAAAUUUAAGUCAUUCUCUCAAUUCAAUUCAAUUCAAUUCAAUUCUUUACUCACACUAUAUAAGAUAUUUACAUAAUUGUACGUAGUAGGAAAAUAAAGUAGCUGACAAAAUAAUAAUUAACUAAAAGACAUUAAGUUCAUUUGUGCACGGUGUCCAAUGUAGCAAGGGCUUUCUUGUUGGACACCGUCAUGUUGAAAUAAUUGGCAGCAGUAAAGAGAGGAAUAAAAUCUCAAAUAAUAUCAGUGAUAGAACAUAUAAGCAAGGUCAGAUUUGGUUGGUUAGAAGACAGGACUUCCAUUCUUUCUUAAACUUAUGAUAUGGCAGACACUUGAGACCAGGCGGUACAGUCUCCCAGAUUUUUGGAGCGGAGAAUUUAAAGGACGUCUUGCCUACGUUGGUGGAUACUCUUGGCCUAAAAUAGUUCAGAUUACUGACAAAUCUUGUAUUAUGAUUGUGUAUACGCGAUGCUGGAGUCGGGACAUCAAGGAAAAUAUCUGGAAUGCUAUCAGUCUCAUUUCUCAUUCUAUGUAUAAAGCAACAUAUUUUUAAUUUGUAUAUAUUAUCUAAUUUAACGAUGGUUAGGAGUUUGAAAUAGGGAGCAGCACUCUCUCUAGGAUGUACGAAGAAGAUGGUGCGGAGACAUCUAUUAUGCUUAAUACGAAGACAAUCUAAUCUGGUUUUGCUGGCACAGCCCCAAGCAAGAAUACCGUAACUCAGGGAUAUAUUAAAGCAAGGGAUAUAUUAAAGCAUAAUAAAUUUGUUUCAGUAUAUUCAGAUCUAUGUAAUAUCUUAGUUUUGAAAGGAUUCCUAAAUUUUUAGCUAAUUUAUUAUUUACAUGUUGUAUCUGUGGUUGCCAAUUGAGAUGUUUAUCUAUAUAAACUCCCAAGUACUUUAUGUAAUCUUUCUGUUCAAUACCAGUGAUAUUUAUCUUUGGGUGGCACCUAGAUGAUGAGACUAACAUGUAAUUGGUCUUUGCAGUGUUAAUAGAUAACUUAUUUAGAGCAGUAGUUAUAAAUUUGUUUAAGCUCUUGAUUCAUUACGGAUUCAAGCUGUUUUAAGUUGUCGCUAGAGUAAAAUAAAUUGGUGCCAUCAGCAAAGCUCCGCACUGAAAGUUUGUCGACACAGUUUGGUAAGUCGUUCACAUAGAGCAAAAAUGUAAGAGGACCUAGAGUCGAGCCUUGGGGUAUACCACAGGUAAUAUUUUCAUAGCUAGAUUUAGUAGAGUCAAUUUUAACAUAUUGUCUUCGAUUGUGCAAAUAACUUUCAAACCAAUUACGUGGUGUACCCCGAAUUCCAUACAGAAAUAGUUUAGAGAGCAGUAUUUUGUGAUUUACUGUGUCAAAUGCCUUUGAUAGGUCGAGAAAUAAACCACAUGUUAUUUGACCUUUGUCAGUAGCUAGCUUCAGAUUGUCAGUAAUUUCAAGAAUAGCUUGUUCAGUGGAAUAUCCUUUCCUAAAUCCAAACUGAUAUUUGUACAAGAUUUGAUGUUUACCUAUGAACGAAUAUAACUGAUUAUAGACUAGACGCUCGUGCACUUUACUAAAAGGUGAGAGAGUUGCUAUGGGCCGAUAGUUGCUAGGGUCUGUAGCAUCACCACCCUUAUACACUGGGGAAAUUUGGGAGACUUUUAAAAUAUCAGGAACAGUCCCAGUUUCAAUAGAUUGGUUAUAGAUAUAUGUUAAAGGUAUUGACAAUGGCUGGGCAGCUAUUUUAAUUAAUUUAUUAGGAAUAUCUAAGGAUGACUUAUGAUCAUUUAAACCUUUAAAUAGUGAACAUACUUGGGUUUCAGUAACACUGGACAUAACAAAGCUAGCUACUGGAGUCGAUCUUAUGAAUUGGGUCGGACUUCCAUCACAAUUUUCAAUUUCCGUUGAUCGAUAAAGAAAACUUGUUCAAAUCACUAUGAGCCAACUAUGCACUAACAAAUGCUGGCUCAGAUUUCAGAGCAUUUCCUCAGAAAAAGUGACUUGUAUCCAUACCACACAAUUUCACUUCAAAUAUUUGUUAUGCAUCUGAAACAAGAGAUUGAAGUCGCUACUGUUUUACACGGCUUUCUUUCUCUCUCUGAGCACAGGUAGCCCAAGCUUGAAAUAAAAGCAUCGGCAUUGUUGCGUAACAUUCAAAAUAUAAGGAUUUGUAUGGGAAAAAAACUAUCGUUUCUGUCACCUACGAAAAUGAAAGGAUUUCAAUAAAAAACAGUUUACCUUACUUAAAAUGUGUGUUACGUCUCUCCUGUGUGGUCCACGGGCCGAUUUAUGGCCGUUUUAUGCUUUUUUGGAGAAAAAACUGUUUACAUCAAAGCCAAUAAAACGGCCAUAAUUCGGCCCGUGGACCACACAGGAGAGACGUAACACACAUUUUAAGUACGGUAAGCUGUUUUUUAUUGAAAUCCUUUCAUUUUCGAAGGUUACAAAAAAGAUAGUUUUUUUUUUCCCAUACAAAUCCUUAUAUUUUGAAUGUUACGCAACAAUGCCGAUGCUCAUAUUUCGAGCUUGGGCUACCUGUGCUCUCUGAUACUAAAUGUAAACAGGAUCCCUCUGUUCUUGACAGAGAUACUUUGAAUGACAACUAAAAGAUGACACUGAACCCUUUUAUAAAUUUAUCUGCUGUGCCAGACUGAGCAAAAACCAUGAUUUUAGUCCCAUCACUGAGAAAUUCCAUGUUAGUACAAUUUCUUUUAUACAGCUCGAUGCAAACAUAACAUGAAGUGUACUGAGAGAAAUGAAAUGCUCCUAGUAAGUUUCAGCUUGCUUACGGGGAAACAUUCCAGUAGACUCAUUCUCCAUAGUAGAUUUGUCGAAAUUGGCGGGUACGCAAAGUCAACCGAAGACAGUAGUUUUCCAUUGCCGACCCAUUUCCCCCAUUCAAGCUAACCACAUUACGGAAUCGCGCUUGUGGAAACGCGCCGCUAGUAAAUACAAAUUUUUGUCAAUCAUAUGUCUCCUAUUAUUUGUAGGUGGAAAUUGGCGAAACAUUGUUAUUGUUUUCGAGACAAAUAGAAGAACAAAAGAUAUAGAAGGAUCAAGUCAUCCGGUCUUAAAGCGUAUUGCGUGACUUUAAUCAGUUGCAGCACUUUCUCAUAGCCUCCCCCGCAGACAUUCUUAGGCGUGCGUCACGCGUUCCUUCCCCACGAACAUGAAAGGAAUGUUGUUCUCGGUUGAGCAGGCGUUUCUGGCGAGGGACGAAAUACGAGCUCCCCUAAAAAGGCCUGCGUGGGAGGCUAUUAAGGACCGUGAUAAGAACAAAGCGAAAAGCCGCAGUAUCAUGAAACUAAGACAAAAUGAACUAAGAAACUAAACAAAGUAUUAAGUCUAUUAAAUAUAGAGGGCGACAGACUAAAGGUGACAAUAAAGUAACUACAGAAACUGUAGAAAAAAAGAGAGAGAACUUUAGUAACUGUAGUCUUAACAAAGACAAAAAAACGGGCGACCACAUGCUCUCUCUAUAUAAUAAUAAUAAUAAUAAUAAUAAUAAAAAUUAUAAUAAUAAUGAUGAUGGUUUAUUAAAAUACAGAUGGUGGCAUAAAAACUAUGAAUUACAAUGUGCUUACAUAAGUUACAACUAAAAAUAAAAUUACAUUUGUUUCAGAGGGACUGGGAUUACAGGCUAUUUAUAAGUUAUUUACAAUUCAGAUAUAGAUAAAGNGAUAAGAACAAAGCGAAAAGCCGCAGUAUCAUGAAACUAAGACAAAAUGAACUAAGAAACUAAACAAAGUAUUAAGUCUAUUAAAUAUAGAGGGCGACAGACUAAAGGUGACAAUAAAGUAACUACAGAAACUGUAGAAAAAAAGAGAGAGAACUUUAGUAACUGUAGUCUUAACAAAGACAAAAAAACGGGCGACCACAUGCUCUCUCUAUAUAAUAAUAAUAAUAAUAAUAAUAAUAAAAAUUAUAAUAAUAAUGAUGAUGGUUUAUUAAAAUACAGAUGGUGGCAUAAAAACUAUGAAUUACAAUGUGCUUACAUAAGUUACAACUAAAAAUAAAAUUACAUUUGUUUCAGAGGGACUGGGAUUACAGGCUAUUUAUAAGUUAUUUACAAUUCAGAUAUAGAUAAAGGACAAUACUAGAGAUAACUAGACUCGUAAUAUUAGUUAAUUUUCGCCAUUGCUGGGAAAAAACUAGAACCGAAGCGUUCUGUUAAAACGAGAGCAAAUACGAAUACCAGGAACCACAUUAUAUUUUUAACUUAAUCAUCAUAACUCUGAUAACAAAAUUCUCUAAUCUGAACGAUUGGCUUUCAAUUAUAAUUAGAAAUAAGAGAAAAGGGAUGCAAAUUACAAGAGCAGGAAAAAAAAAAUCGUGUUAAUAACGAGGCUAAUUUAUUAUUGUUUUUUAUGCUGAAGUAAUACAACAUCACAGCUCACAGCUCAACACGAUGAGUCGCUUGCAAGGUUAGUGAUCCUAACUUACUUUAGUUUUUUGCUUGGAAAUUUUUUUAACACGAUUUUUGUUCACUAUUCGAUUAAGUAUGAUCUAUUUACGGAACCAAGAGGUUGUAUUGAAACUUAUGAAUGGCGCCCAUUUCCAGCAAUCGAAACUGGCAAUGCAAAUUUGUGGCUUCUUGAUUUUUCAUAAUUUUCUUAAGUUUGAUUGAGCAAACGUUCGAGAUCGCCCACGUUGGAUUACCAAGUUGCGCAGACACCUCCCGGCUACUCCAUAACGACUAAGUUGCUCCCCAAAGUAAAUAAGUAAGUUGUUUCCUUCUCAGUCAAAUCAAUCCAAUUUACUAACAGGAUUGCUCUUUUCUCUCCAGCAAGUAAACGCUUACAACAGCUCACGCCAACGUCCCCCAGGAACGACGGGUUUGACUUCGCCGACAACAUCGAUGGUCCUUCAUCGACGAAAUUGGAAUCUUUCAGUCAAGGCUUGUUUGAUGACAAAGAAGUCGUAAGAAUUCGGGAUGCUGCCAUAGCAACGAAGUUUAUCCAAGGAAUGGUUUUAGGAACGCUGAAUCCAAAACAAUAUGGCGGCUUUAUGGUACAAGAUGCUGCCUAUUGCUUUGCUGCUGUUGAAGCGGUCGACAAUGCUGCAAAGGAGAUGCAACAUCAAGGAAUGCUUGAAUUUUCAUCGCUUUACCAGGAACAAUCAAAGCUUCUCAAGGAGUACAAUGAAGACUUCGUUAAGACCUGGCAUCUUAAGAAUGCCGAAAGCAUAGUAAUGGGACGUGCAGCUGAUAAGUACGUGAAAUAUGAGGAUGAUGUAAGCCGUCAACGUCCUAAGUUCCUAGCCAUUGCUAUGUUACCAUGUAUCAUGCUUUGGCCUUGGGUUGCCAAUCAGCUCAUCAGUCAGGUUAAAGAGAAUAAUCCGUACUACUUUUGGUUUGAAGAAAACAAGAUCGAAGAAGGUGACCUGAAGACAUUUGUCGAUUCCCAUUUUAGUCCUGAGGAAAAGGAGGAGGCUCUUGAUAUCUUCCGCGAUGGAAUGAUUAACGAGUUAAAUUUCUUUCGAGAUGCAUGUAACGAAAGUUUGGUUCACUGUCCCUCUGAUCUUCCACCAUGUGAACCAAAUUUGCCUUCUUGUCUUCUUUUAUGA